AUGAAUCAAUAAUGUCCUCAUUGCCGAAGAAGAAUUCCUGUUUCAUCCUCUGCUGUCAAACCUAAAGUUUAAAAGAAAUAAAAUGUAACAUAAGCACUCAAAAAUAUUUCUUUAUAUGAUUUACUUGAAGAAUUUGCUAAAAUAAGAAAUGAAUAACACUUCAACUUAAUGCAGUUUUUGCAAGAAAAAAUCAUAUAACCAGAAAUUUCUUAUGACAACUAUUCUGUUACUUAAAGAAAGAAAUGGGACUUGCCUUAGAAGUGA